UGCUCCCUGCUAGACUAUGACAUCAGCCAGGACACCCAGUGAUGCUGCUGAUAGUAAACUCUGAGCAGGAGGAGGGUCCUGCUAGCUCAAAGUUAAUUAGUUCAACCCAGCACAGGGGAGAGCAGUUGGUUUCUGUGGAGAGGCAGUGCUGGAUGGGACCAAAUCUUUUCAAGUCACUUGCUGCUUUCUACAAGCCCAGCUCUGAAAGCACCCAGAGGCUCCCAGGAGGGUUGGAUGAAUCCUGGGGCCCUAGCAGUGGCCAGCUUGUCUCCUUGGAGCCAGUUCAUGCUUUAAGUGCGGGGGCUUCUGGACCUGUUCACAGAGAGUCACCAUGACACUGCUGGGUUCUGAGCAUUCUUUGCUGAUUCGGAGCAAGUUCAGAUCAGUUUUACAGUUACGGCUUCAGCAGAGAAGAACCCGUGAGCAGCUGGCAGACCAGGGCAUCAUGCCACCACUGAAAAGCCCCUCUGCAUUCCAUGAACAAAGGAAAAACCUGGAGAGAGCCAAGACUGAGGAUUACCUAAAGCACAAGAUCAGAAGCAGGCCUGAGCAAUCAGACCGGGUCAAUAUGCACAUUUUACAAGACUCAGCUGCAGAGGGGUCCAUUCAAGCUACUCAGAUGAAGCUGAAAAGAGCCCGACUUGCAGAUGAUCUCAAUGAAAAAAUUGCUCUCAGACCAGGUCCUUUGGAGCUGGUGGAGAAGAAUAUUAUUCCUGUUGACUCAGCUGUGAAAGAGGCAAUAAAAGGUGCCCAGGGGAGCUUCUCUAAAUCAGCUGAUGCUUUUGCCUUUGAAGAAGACAGUAGCAAUGAUGGCCUGUCCCCAGAGCAGGCCAGGAGGGAGGAUUCGCAGGGCUCGACAGAAUCACCAGCAGCCACCAAAAACUCAGAGGCAAUUUCCUCUGCCACAUCAGGGACAACUCAGGAUCAUUCCCGCACCUCUGAAAACAACGUGACUGACCUGGCAUCCGUGCAAAACAGCCAAUGUGAAAGCCCAAAGCAGGUGAACGGCCAGCAGAGCCCACCCCUCCCAGUGCCUGCGGUGGUGAAGUCAAAAUCAUCCAGCGAUAGCAAGAACCGCCACAAAAAGCCCAAGGACACCAAGCCAAAGGUGAAGAAGCUGAAGUAUCACCAGUACAUUCCGCCUGACCAGAAAGCAGAGAAGUCUCCUCCGCCCAUGGACUCAGCCUAUGCUAGACUCCUCCAACAGCAGCAGCUCUUCCUGCAGCUACAAAUCCUCAGCCAGCAGCAGCAGCAGCAGCACUUCAGCUACCCUGGAAUCCACCAAGCACAGCAGAAGCAACCAAGUGAGCAAAUGGUCAAAAGUUCAAACUCUUCGUCAACUCCAGUCACCAACAUACCCCUUUCUCCUGUGAAAACCACUUUUUCCGGACAGACCUGUGUUUCUUCUAUCAAACCAGGCCCUCUCCCUUCCAACCUGGAUGAUCUGAAAGUGUCAGAACUGAGGCAGCAGCUCCGAAUAAGAGGCCUCCCUGUAUCCGGUACGAAAACGGCACUGAUGGAGCGUCUGCGGCCCUACCAGGAUUGCAGUGGCAGUGUGGUGCCAAACUUCAAUGAAAUAACAACGGUCACCUUUCCAGUCACCCCAACAAACACGCUCUCAAGCUACCAGUCACAGCCCUCGGCCAGCAUGCUAUCUAGCAGCUUCUAUCAGUUUGGCAGCACCAGCUCCUCCCCACCCAUCUCCCCAGCAUCCUCUGACCUUUCCGUCAGUGGCUCUUUACCAGACACAUUCAAUGAUGGACCAAUGACUUCUCCACAGUUUGGUCUCCAACCAUCCCCUGUGCAUGGCAGUGCUGAAGAAAGCCUAAUGGGCAGCAUGAAUGGAGGGAGCAUCCAGUUGGAACUGGAAGGGAUUGACACAGAGAAAGACAAGAUGCUGGUGGAAAAGCAGAAGGUUAUCAAUGAACUGACGUGGAAGCUGCAACAAGAGCAGAGACAGGUGGAAGAGCUGCGGAUGCAACUCCAGAAGCGAAAAAGGAACAAUGGCUUGGAGGAGAAGCAGCCACCCACCCAGCAUUUCUUCGGUAUUCCCAUCAAGCAAGAAAACACAGUAUCCAGCUGUCCAUUCUCAUCAAAACAAACUGCCUUGAAAGCCCAAGCCAACAGCUUGGAUAAACUAAGUAACUGUGGGACGCCACAGCUGCCUCACAUUGUAAACAGCCUUUGCAUGGAGUCAGCGGGCCAGAGCACCAUCACCUCCUCCACGUUUCUAAGCCCACAGUGCUCUCCACAGCAUUCUCCACUUGGGACUUCAAAGAGCCCACAGCAUAUUAGUCUGCCACCAUCCCCUAACAGCCAUUACCUUCUCUCUGUGUCCCCUGGCUCUCAGGGAGAAGGGCGCAGUGUUUCCCCACAGGCCAGCAAUCGACUUCGCCCAGCACCGAUGGCUACGCAGGCAGGUCAAAAGUUUUCUAUUCCAUCCCCAAGUUUUUGUAAGUCAAGCCCAGCCCUCUCGGAGGUAAAGCAGCCUCCAUCCUAUGCGGAUGCAGUGAAGCAGCAGAUGACUCGAAGUCAGCAAAUGGACGAGCUCCUGGAUGUGCUGAUUGAGAGUGGAGUGUUAGCAGCCGUUCACAUGAGAACUGGAGUAGCUCGUGACAUACUGUGUGGAAAAGAGACCUCACCUGGGAGGAAGCAUGAAAGCAUCCAGAACAGGGUCCAAGGCAUUGCUACCGAAAGCCGCCUCAUCUCCUUCAAGAAAUACUGCACGGCACGUCUUAGCCAUGGAGAAAGGCCCAGUUUGGUCAGAAGUCUUGUGGGCAGCCAGUGCCAUGUUCUCUGCCCACCACAGUGACAAAACACACUGCACUGUACAGCCUGGUCCACCUCGCUCUGCUUCCUGUCUCCAUUCCAAUUAGUCAGUGAUCGAAAAUGGUUCUGAAGCCAAGUCCCCAUAGCACAGACAGCUGCUGUCCAGUCAAGGGCGGUGACUUGUGCCAUGUCAGAGAUGUGCCAGAACUCAUGUGAGCACAUCUCAUAUGGUCACUUUUAGUGAGUGAAAGCCAAGGCGUGUUCCAUGCUGCACAGUUACAUUUUAUAAUUUAACCUCAAAGAAGCCCAAACCACAGAUGUCCUGAUACCUGACUCCAGCUGCUCAGGUUACUCAUAGAGCUACUGAAAUAACCUGAUGCACUGACAGAGCUGUCGAUUUCCUACUGGUGUGGUAUAAAUAUGUCUCCAGCGGGGGACAAGGAGGAUGUUGAAUCGGGACGUAAACAAACCGAAGCUCUGGAGGGGAUCCCUUGGGCUUUUCUCUGCAGUAUGAGAAACCUGAGGAUGAACCUCUCCUGGACUUGCAGGGAACCCUGAGGGUGGGGGAGAGCCACAGAAAUUCAAUUGCAAUAAAUAGCCCCUCCUGUGUGUUCCCCAAGAAAUGGAAUGGGUCAAAACAGGUCCUUAACUAUGGCUGGAGUUUGUGUGACCAUCUGUUUGUGCAGUCUAUGCUCCCUAUGCCAGCCCUCCUCCCUGCCGUCCCUCUCCCCUUCGCUCCUCUCUCCUUCCUUUUGCUGAGGUUACUGCUGCCCCACCAGUUGCUCGGCUCAGAGCAAGGUCAUCCGGAGAAGAGCUGUGAAUCCACAAGGCUAGAGGAGCUCGUUCUUCCCAGUUCAUCAGAGAUGGAUGCUUUGCUGCAGCUCUGGCUGCAGUAGGAAGCCACCUGCCUUUCUCCUCUGAAUCACGGUGCAAUAUUGUUCACCGGGCUGUCCGGUGAGAAAGGGCCAUCUCGUCACCAUUUGGCUGCCACCAGAGAAUCUGAUAGCGAUUGUUUUAGAGCUACAUCUACUUUUAUAAGAAUUACCUGUCAGCUGGUUUGCAAAAGUAAAUAUUGUUGCUGACAAAGAUUGUUCAAAUAUUUCCAGCCUGCGUGUAUUUAAUGUUUGUGUUACUGGAAGGGCAGCACACUGGCCGUGCAGUCAUUUGGGGAAGAGCCCAGUGCAAAGGGACUGUGGGGCAGGGGCACUCCCAUGUGGGUGACUUGCUGAAGGUUUGUUGGAGCCUGAGGAGGAGCCUCUGCAGCCCUCUCUGGCCCCAGUUGAUGAGGUUAUGAUGUUGUUGCAUGUUGUAUAAAGAACAUGUUAGUAGCUUUUUUAAGUCACUAUUUAAGGCACCACUUUUCUAUUGUACAAAUGUUCACCAGACACUGGUAGCUAGAACAAUCACAAGUUGCAAUUUGUUAAAAGAAUUUCUUUUUUUUAUAAGUGAGAGACUUUAGAAACCAUUCCAUGGUGAAUUUUAAUAGCACUUGAAUCCAGAGUAGUUUAGCUGCUGCACUGCCUAAAUGUACAGGGCUUUCCAGAUACUUUUCUCCUCUCGACAAAUGUAUUUCCUUAUUUAAAGUGAUGCUGUCAACUUAAAACUUGUAAACAGACACGUUUCCUCAGCUAUGUUACCAACAACACCUUCAUUAUUAA